CGGCGCGCGCGGUUGCUGCGGUGACGCGCGGGACAGGCCCCGGUGCCGGCGGCGCCGCCGCGCCCGCCCCGCGAACCCGGAGCGCUCGCUGGCUGUCUUCUUUAACUGUAUUUUGGAUGGGAUUUUCUCUUACUUCAUUGCCAUCUAUAGAAACUGAUGAAUAUUUUUAGAGACUUUGUGACAACAGUGUGUGGAUUUUGUACUCACUAAUGUCACUGGAGGAGAAGAGGCAGGUUGGUGUUCCAGAGAGGAGAUGACCUGUGUAACAAUUCAAGUUCUACCAAAGCAAACCUUGUACUCUUAAAGUUAAUUCAUUGCAACAUUAAAAAAAACCCAACAUGAGCACCAGCACCCAUUCCCUCCACUAGAUGUAAACAUUAAGCUGAUGUCCUUGUGAGUUUUUUAAAUGAGGUGGUGCGUGAAUUUGUGGUUGAAGACUGAAGAAAUUAAUUUUGCUAAAGCAAGAAACAACAGGACAUUAAGCUACUAUGCCAGCUUUAGAUGUACGCUUCAAAAAUUUUCUGCUGCUCAGCAUUAUUCAGUAAUCUUUAACUCAAAUUGCAGGAAAUAUUUGAAAUUCCAUUCUAACAAUAUCCAACAGAGAAUAUUAAAGAAGCAUUACAUUUCAAAUGCCUGAGGGAAAAUGUUCUCUUGCAACACCGUGGGCAUUUGGAUCUCACUAGUAUACGCAGUAUUAUAGUCUAGUAUUAUGCUUUACUUGGUCUAAAAUGAAAGCCCAAUUUUAAUUCUAUCUCCAAAAACUUGGCAUACUGCAGUGAAAAAUAAUUUAUUUGAAUGUUGUUUUUUUAAUACACUGCAACUAACUUUAAAGCUUCCUCAUAUAAUACUCCCACUAUGGCUUUUUGUAAUCUGACCCUUUCAUUAAGACUUCAAAUAUAUUCCCAAAGACUUAUCUCUGUGCUUUCAUUGUUAAUUUACAAGUUAAAAGAUUCCAAAGUUACCUAAGAAGUUUUUCUCAUUCUAUGCAAUUUUUCUCUUAAUAAGAAAAAACUUUUGAGUAUCUUUGUAAAUAUAUACAAUACCAAACAGAGGAACUAUGGCACUCUUAAGGAAGGUAAUAUGCAAACUCAAAAUAGGGUUUAAUAAUAUAUAUACACAAUUCUGGGCUGGGUAAUUUGGCAAACCCGUUAAUCAACUUCCAUAAAAAAGUGCUGAUUACAUCUUUGGGGUUUUAUAACCUAUAUCUGCUCUAUUUGAUAGGAAAGCUAUUUUGGAAGUGAAUCCCCAGCUUACAAGGUUUGGGGGAAAGAAUAAAAAUAUAUCUAAAAGGUUUAUAAAAUCACUAGCUUGAAUUUCUUACCAUCUAAGGAUUUCAGUGUUGCCAGAACAAGGACAAGUGCCGUGUUUCUGUUGGAAAAAUAAGAUCUGUGGUCUUUAGAGAAAUAAAAUAGGGCUGUUCUCCACCCGCUGCUCACUUUUUUCUGUUUGCACUUGACUGUCACAGAGUCACGUCCAGGAGGAUGCCAAUACUGUGAUAUUUCUUACCUUCAUGGAGUUUCACAGGAGGCAGUUUUUUCAGCAGUAGUGGGUCAGUUGCCUGUAUAACUGGACCACUUGUGACUCCCUGACAAUCUAGAUUGGAGGGGAAUGUGAUGCAAGGACUUGAAACCUGCAGAGAGAAUUCAGAACAGCAGCAUACUGCAGAUGGUUUAUUUGUUCAAUGUAGCUAUGUGGGACAUAAAUUAAUGAAGUGUCAUUAACAGUACCAUUAAUUUAACUGCAGUGCUAGGCUCUGUCCUUGCUAAAUGAAUGCCACUGGUUCCUAUAAUGAAAACUGGGAAUCCUCUGCAGUGCUGGUGGACAUCAGCUUGCCUCCUGAGGGCCACUGGUGAGCUCUGAGUUGCCACAUCCCUUUUCAUGGGAACUGAGACCUACUGAACAUUGAUAAGGUGUCUUCUUUUCCAUUGUCCCAGGCAGUUGUACCCAAACUUCUGAGUGAGAGAUCAUGGAUGAAGCUGUGGUGGGGUGACCCUGGCUGGACAUCAGGUGCUCACCAAAGCCUAUCUCAUUCGCCUGCUCAGUGGGACAGAGAGAGAGAAAAUACAACAAAAAGGUCAAGUGCUAAGGCUUCAUAUAUCACAAGAUGUCCUUCUGCCUGACUGAGAUGUUUCUGUGGUCUUUGAAGACCAACUUACGUAUUAGAGAUGAAGACAUUGGGAUCCACCAGUACUGUGACAAGAAACAACCAGCAUCACAGAUGAAGUACAGUUACUUAGAAGAGAAGCAAAAACUAGCAGAAUCUCGAGAUUAUCCUUGGCUCCUGAAAACCAAGCGAGCGGACAAACUGCGAGAUGCUCUCAAGGAGGUAGAGGACUUAAUGCAGAACAGUCCCUGUGUGCUGAGCAAAUGGAAGAACAAACAUACCUGUCAGCUCCUCUUUCACUCAGGUAUUUUGGUGUCCCUAAGCCUUUCUGGGCCACAGCUGGAGAAGGUGGUGAUUGACAGGACCCUGGUGGGGAAGCUCAUCUCCGACACCAUCAGUGAUGCUGUUCUUACAGACAAUUUCAUCAUCUUGUCAUUUGAGGACCAUAACCAACUCUGCUUUAUUCAGUUUACGAAGACAAUGGAUUCUUCCGAUGUAAACAAAAGACUGGAAAAACUCUCUUCUUUGGACUUUAAGAUUUCUUAUGUUGAUAUACUUGGACCAGAAGGUAGAAGGAUGAAACGUCACCUGGCAAUAAACUGUAUGCAAGAUCUGGUCAUUUGCUGGUGGUCAGCAACCAGUGAUGGAGCAUGGCCUUGGUCUCCUAUUUCCUGUCAGAGGGACAGAGCCAACCUAUUGCUAUUAGGCUGUGCACAUGGCAAAUUGGAGGUGCUGAGUUACGUCCGCACGGAGUGGGAGCCCCUGGAUGCCAGGUUCAGCUCCGUGCAGCCCCAGCAGGUGCUGACUGUGGAGCGCUCGGUGUCGGCAGCCAAGGAGCCCAUGGCCGACAGCUGCGUCUACAAGUGCGUCAGGAGCCGAAUCCAGUGCGCCGCCGUCACCAGGGUCCCCCUGCGAGCCAGGGCCAUCAGCUGCUGCAGGGAUGUGACAGAAGACAAGCUGGUGCUGGGCUGUGAAGACUCCUCAGUAGUUCUGUAUGAAGCCUACAGCCAAGUGACUCUGCUGGCGCAGGCAGAGCUGCUCCCUGCUGUAGUAACCUACCACCCUUCUGGAGCCGUGCUGCUGGUUGGCAGCUCUCAAGGGGAGCUGCAGCUUUUUGACACAGCACUGUCCCCAAUUAAAAUUCAGCUCUUGGCACAGGAAUAUUCACCUGAGGCAACUCUGCAAUUCAGUAAACACUGUGACGUGCCCACCAGCCUCAUCCAGAUCCAGUGGGCUGCUCCUCCAGUGGCAUUUCCCAGUCCUGACAACAUGGAUAUUCACGAUCUUUUGUUGGUUAGAUUUGAUAAAGGACCCUUGGGAGUGCUUCACUUUAAACUUGGUGUACUCACAAGAGGACAACUGGGCCUUGAGGAAAUCAUCCACCAGUACAUUCGUAAUGAUGAGAUACAGGAGGCAAUUAAUGUCCUGAGCACCAUGAACUGGAACACCAUGGGUCAGCGGUGCUUUAUCUGCCUGAGUGCCAUUUGCAACCACCUCCUUAAACAAAAGCUUACACCAGCCAGAGAAGCACAGCUUGAGGCAAGCCUUGGAACUUUUUAUGCUCCAACAAGGCCUCUCUUGGAUAGAACUGUGCUGGAGUACAGGGAUCCCAUCAGCAGAUAUGCAAGAAGGUUCUUCCACCACCUGCUCAGGAUGUUGUGGAUGAUAAAAUUGUAUGUGAGUUCAAAGGCAAGGUUCAGAGAAGAGGAAUUCACUGAGGAACACCAGCCUGGAAACCACCUCUGGCUCAGCAAAUCCCUGAACCACAAAUUGUUGGAGACUGGGAGACUACUUAGGUAUCAGAGGUUUGAAAAAGCAUUUCUGCUUGCUGUUGACAUCGGUGCUCGGGACCUGUUCAUGGACAUCCAUUACCUUGCUCUAGAUAAGGGUGAAUUGGCACUAGCUGAAGUGGCAAAGAGAAAGGCUAAUGACAUUGAUGCAGAAUCAAUAACUACUGGAAUUGAACUUCUGGGGCAGUCAGAUGAAGAAGACCCAUCUUGUGAAGCUUUCCCUGACCAAUCUCCAGAGCAGGGAGGAGGAUGCAACCCGCCUGCUCCCGGCCCUGCCGACAGACCACCAACACAGAGCUGCUCCCACAGACCCACCAGCCGCAGACAAGCAGAGGACACUGAGCCUAGAGCGGAUGGCCACACCACCUCCCUGAUCAAGAAAACCUUUUCCAGCAGCCAGGAAGGAAAUAUGAAAGCCAUUCCUUCAGAGCAGGAGACUGGAGGCAGCGGGUCUCUCCAAAUUGUGCACUUUGGGCUGGUGUGACUGAGCUGCCAAAGGAGAGAAGAGGAAACCUCACCAAGGAGGUGAAGUUCACGGGAAGCCCUUCGGUGAACUUCCAGCCAGCCCUGCGUCUGACCACUGGCAGAUGACAAAACACCAGGCUUAGAAAAUAUCCUGUUCUUAGACCUCCAAAUUAUUUCAGGGUUCAUAUUGAUAUGUCCAUGCACAAAGUUCCCUGUGUUUGCUUGUGGAGGGCAACUCGGUGACAUUUUCAUCAAAGGCGUCAAAAAAGCGAGUAAUUGCUGAUCCCCAUUUACUGUACAAUCUCAAUGCUGAAAAUUUGGUGGGGUUUCUUGGAUGAAUCCAUAAGCUUUUCAGGAGAAAAUCUGUAAUUCUCUAUGCAUUAUAUGUUUUUACAAUCUUCACUUGGAAGCAGAUUUGAAUUUCCACUUAAGGCUCUGAAAACCGUCCUAUUGAGAUACCAGCAAAUAAGAUCUUCACUCAGGAUACCUCUGUGAAAGAGCAGCCUUUCACAGUCAGCAGCAUUUUUCAAAGAAUACUCUCAAUUUUCAUAUCUAGAUAUAUCAUCUUAGUUGAAUAACCAUUAUUUUGCCUUGAAAAAAAGAUGCGGAGCCUCUUAAG